GAUUCCUCUUUGGGCAGGAGUCCUCAUCACCAUCACAGACACAUUUGUCUUCCUCUUUCUCGACAAAUACGGCCUGAGGAAACUCGAAGCUUUCUUUGGCUUUCUCAUCACCGUAAUGGCGCUGAGCUUUGGUUAUGAGUACGUGCUGGUAAAACCAGACCAGGCGGAGGUGCUGAAGGGGAUGUUCAUACCUUACUGCGCCGACUGUGGGCCUGUGCAGCUGGAGCAGGCCGUGGGAAUCGUAGGCGCCGUCAUCAUGCCCCACAACAUCUACCUGCACUCAGCGUUAGUCAAGUCUCGGGACAUCGAUCGCAAAAAUAAGAAGGAAGUAAAGGAAGCCAACAAGUACUUCUUCAUCGAGUCAACUGUCGCUCUCUUCGUCUCCUUCCUCAUCAACGUGUUUGUCGUAGCCGUCUUUGCUGAGGCCUUUUACAAUAAAACCAAUAUGGAAGUGAAUGCAGUGUGCAAUAAAACCGGCAGCCCUCACACAGAUCUCUUCCCUCUCAACAACGGCACACUGGAGGUGGACAUCUAUAAAGGGGUACGCUUUGUUAUCACCGCAACAACAAUAAAUCACAGUUGUACUGACGUGGUAGAACACAUUACAUCAUUUCCUGUUAGUACAAAACAAUAUAUCUAUUUUAAUACAUCUGGAUUAUGUCAGUCAAAUCAGAUUUGGCCGUUAAAUAUAA